CUCCAAUCCGUUACCCCACCAUGUUCACUGGACUUGUUGAAACGAUUGGCACUGUUGCCGCCCUUGAGAAGCUCGAUCAGACAGCGUCGGGAGGCGGCGGCACGUCUCUGACCAUUACGGGAUGUGAGGAUAUCCUAGGUGAUGCCCAUUUGGGUGACAGCAUCAGCGUCAACGGCACAUGUCUUACCGUUACCGAGUUCACCAAAUCCUCGUUUAAGAUUGGAUGCGCGCCCGAGACACUCCGGCGAACAAACCUGGGCUCGCUCAAGGAGGGUUCCAAGGUCAACCUCGAGCGCGCCGUCUCGGCAAAUACACGCAUGGGCGGUCACUUUGUGCAAGGCCAUGUCGACACUAUCGCUACUAUCGAGUCGGUAACUCCAGACGGCAAUGCCCUUACCUUCCGCUUCAAACCUCGCGACACGGCGGUGCUACGAUACAUUGUGGAGAAGGGCUAUGUCACGAUAGACGGCGCAAGCUUGACAGUGACCAAGGUCCAGGAUGGCCCUAAUGGGUGGUGGGAGGUGAUGCUUAUCGCCUAUACACAGGAAAAGGUAGUGACGGCGAGCAAGAAGCCUGGUGACGACGUCAAUGUCGAAGUAGACCAAGUAGGCAAAUACGUAGAGAAGAGCGUGGCUGGGUAUUUUGAAGGCUCAACCAAUGGCGAGUUCGCCAUACUAGAGAAGAUGGUGUCGAAGCUCGUGGACGAGCGGCUGAAAGCGCUGGGAAGAUAGGCAGACGCGAACAUGUGCAUUCUUGAGCUGCCAAGUCGAUAGGCUGGCCGUCGUCGGCCCCACCGGUGUAGUACCCAACAAGAAUAGAUUAUUGUUACGGCUGCUCAUCUGGUUGCCUCGUCAAGACUAAAAGCAUGGUUGGCAGCCUCUGUGAUUGUGGCUUGACAGAGUGAGGCGCAGUCUUACUUUUGUCAAACACACACACAUAUAUAUAUUUUGACGACCUG